AUGCGUUUCUACUUCAAAGGCUGUAAGGUUAUGCUGUUUGACGGUACUGACAACUUUAUCAUUCCAGCAUUACUUGUACUGGCGGGUGUUUGCGCUGUGUUGGUGCUACGGUACAUUCGUCGGUCACGUAAACUUCACGGGAAAUAUAAUCCGGCACGCGAAGAAAGCGUCCUGUCAAGCAGUUAUUCGAUGCCAAUGACAACAAUCACCAAGGAAGAACGACUUAUUUAG